GUAAACUACAUGUCUGUUAAACUCACAUUUUGCACUCACAGUCGACUAACGUUACCUUGCAAAAUCCUGUAUGUAUUCACUUUUAGGUUAAACAUGCCGUUUAGUACCAAACGUUCAGGUCCGUAGUGAAACUAUGAAAUUGAACGCACCUGUGACUUGUCCCGGAUUAUAUACUCCGCCUACGUGUUGCACCGGACAUCGCAAACCCAACUCGUGCAUUGGAAACGAUAGCCUGUGGGCUAUAUUGAGUUAGUUAUACAAAGUUUGGUACAGGUUUAACUUGAUUUUAGAGCCAGUGCUCUCAUGUUGCAAGGAUUAUUCUUCUGUGUAAUGUUAUGUCAUUCCAGGGAGAGGCGCUGUUAUCACAGAGGACCAGCUACCUCUAUUUGGUGGAGGACUAUUAUACUUUAAUAGUUCGAAUGUUGAAGGAUUUGGUCAAUUUCUUUGAUGUCGCAUUCAACAACUUAAGCGGAGGAUAUACAUUGUCUGCUACCCAAAUGGUAUUUUGUUGAGGACCGCCGCGUUUAAAAAAAAUCUUACUGGUUAGUUGCUAGCUAGCCAAGUUGGAGUGUUAGCUAACUAGCAUUUUCUUAAGAAGUCUACAGUUGCCCUCCUAACCUAAUUUACCUGAAAAGUUAUUUUGAAGGAUAUUUCUCGAUCGUUUACAGUGCAAGUGUUUUUCUCUGGGUAACGUCUUGUUUGUCUUAGUGGGAAUUGCGUUUCUGAGUCAUUUGUUGUAUACGGUUUGUUUGGUAGCUACGAAUAGUCGUUUGUUUUAACUUUUGCCAAAAUUCUGGCUUCACUGAACGAAAAUGAGAUAAGAGGGAAGACAUUAAGUACAUUUCCCGCUGAUUUAGCGGCUCAGAAUUGGAUCGAAAGGUUUGUGUGUGAGGCCUGCAGGUCGGGCUUUCACCGGGCUAGAGUAGGGCCUGACGCCUCUUUUGAGUGCUCUCAGGCCAGCAGUUCUCGCUGCUAGGCUGGAGGCCGGGGAUUUCAAGACAUGGAACGAAUGGAAGUGGACCAGUGCGCAGGCGCAACGACCGGGACCGGAGGCGGAGCUCUUCGUAGAUCGAACAGCGCCCCUAUGAUCACCAGCGUCAGUGAUGGCAUGGCAGUGUUUAGUCCAAUUAAUUCAGCCCGGUAUCGGCGGAGCAGUGUUUCUGUCAACCCCAGCUGUCCGUCUCGGGCCAUCCCCCUGUCACCUUUUUCGUUGGCCGGUGAGAGACAGGACCACAAAAAGCAGGAAGAGAAUCUGGAGAUGACACUCAGGGGGAGUCUGCAGAGACUGAGUGCCUCCAGUCUGGUCCCUCCUCCUGUCAGUCACUGGCAUGAUCAAUCAUCAGGGGGAUUCCAUUCACAGGACAGUGGGGUCACACCCAAUUCCUCCCCUAGUCCAACUCGAAGGUUUAGGGGGCCUGCAGUCAGCUCUACUGUGCGAUGGCCUGCCCUGACUCCACUGAAAAGGAAAGGAGGAGUGGAGUCUGAUGGCCCACCCAAGAAGCUGUUUGUUGCCGGGGUAACAGAUCCUGCUCAUCGGACAAGUUACACAGUCAGUGUGUCCCAGGCAUCUGCGGACUCUCCCACAGGUGGUGGGUCUGCGUGUGGUGUCAGUCCCCAGGGUAGUCCCCUGUCUCCCCCUUCUUUUACCUCUCACCACCACAACAUCUAAACACCCCAACACCAAGAGCCUAUCACAGACAGGACAACUAUCAGUCAUCCUAUCAGCCUACCAGAAUUCCUUUUAAAAAAAUCAACCAAAUUAUCAAAUCCUGCUUACUCUGUCCACCCAUUGGUUCCUGGGAAUCAAAUUAGUAAGCCUAUCCGAGCUCUCGUUUCUACGCAAUCAGCACUUGUGAAGAAUCCAGAUCCUGAAUUGUAGUGAAGUGAAUAUUGAACCGUUUCACAAAGAAUGGCAUCUGUGCUUUCAGAAGCUUGCCCUGCGAAAGGAAGUUUGGUAUCAGGUCAGGUGUCCAGAGCAUUGUAUGGUAGUGAUUUUGUUUAGGCAUUGUCUGUGCCAACCAAUGGUUGUGUGCCAUGUCAUCAACAGUUUUAUCGACUAACGUCAAAUGCUUAUCCAUGCGUUCUGAGAACUGCCAGGCGUCAGCAACACACUGGGCAGAGGGGCAUGUCCAGUGUCAGGUUGAAGAGACUGUGACUGUGGGAGAGCACUUAAACAAUAUUUGAAUAACUUCUGGACUCUUUGCUGUGCAUGUUCGUUGUAUUGUGAAAUCCAAUGUCAACUAUGGUUGUCAUUGUCCUUUUGGGCUUUAAUCUCAUAUCUAGAGAUGUUACUGGUACUGUAAAACCGAAGUAGUCCAGUUUUUUUUUUCAGAAGUUAGCACUCAAACAUGAGACAUGAAGUAAGUAGGGCAUCACAGCUGAAUACAGAGCUGUCGGUGGUUGUGUGAAUAGUGUAUUAUGUGAAUACGCUAGUUUGAGAAGCGCUGCCUUUAUUGCUCCUCAUUUUGUUUGGACGAGGGCUUUUAUACUAUAGAUACAGAAUCCCCAGGCAAAGCUAUGCCCAGGGGACCCAUCCACUUCCUGGUCCUUGAAGGCCAGGCCAAAUUAGGUCUGCGUGGAUACUGGUAAAUCAAAUGUGAACACAUCGGUCAUUAAUAUGACAUGAAUCCAUGAUUUAUGCAAUGGUGUUCUUUAGUUAGGUAGGACCAAUACUGGGGUUGUCAGUCCAAGUGGAGAUGGAUAUUACCCUCUCUCUACAUGGGUACUUUAACAGAGAAAGUCUGUGGGAGGUUAACAUCACUUUUAAUCAUGGCUUACAUUACCUGAACACCCUUAUUCCCAUUCUGUAAUGUAGCUGGGUUAUACAUGUGAGAUAUGACAUCAAGGGAAGGCAUAUCAUGCUGUUUGGAUUCAUGUAAAAUGGGACAAUUCUGUGAUUUUUAACCCCAUGAUUCUGUGACCUCCAGACCUUUGACUUGUGAAAUAUGUACAGUCUGUAUAAGCUGCUUAGAGAAGGUUCUUAUACAAAAACAAAAUGUUAUCAACAGUUAAUGUGUAAUAUUUUGCUUUCAAUUGCCCUUUCCAGAAAUGGUUAAAAUGUAUUUUUUUGUGGACAAAACAUACUUAAAAUGUUAAAUUUUGCACUUUCAAAUUUUUAAUCAAUAUUGCUGUUACACAAAUGGGAUUAUAUCUUCAUUUUAAGUCAUGCUGUUCCUAUGUGUAUUGUUUGCUUUGUUUGCUCGGUUCUCGUCGGGUCACUGUUACUCCUUAAAAGAGCUGAGGUCAUUGCAUGUCCUGGAAUGUUUAGGGUCAUCUUAUCUGCUGGUCUAAACAGUUUAUUUUUCCUCAAUGACAAUCAGUGAAUUUCGAGGGGAAAUAAAAACUCCAGUUGUUAUUGUUCGAUUCAUGUUAUUAGGGCUGUUCACAUCUUUUGGGUCAGAAGAAUCAAUUGAUGGAGGCUUCAAAGUGCAUUGUUUAGAUUGAGAAACAACAUCACUGAUCAUUGGUGUUUGAUUGAGACCUUAGUGUAGAUCAAUCAACUCACAUUGCCAAAUCCAAAUUAUUACUUUUCACACAUUAUGUACAGGAACUUAGACUAGCUUUCUGGCAUGGGUUUGAUAUUCUUUCUUAAGUAUAGAAAGAUACCACGUAAAAUACCUUGGCCAAAUUGCAUGAACAUCAAUACAGUAUCUUGCAUAAUAACUCCCCAUUCUAUACUGUUUGCCUGAGGUUAACCUUCAAGUAAAACUUCAAAUGGCAUUAAAAUCAUGCGGUAGGUUCACUUAAAAAAAAAUUGUUAGAGGAUGAAAUAUAGAGGGAGAGAUGCAUUUAAAAGUUUGAGAUUAUCUUAUGCCAAAUAUUUAUAGUCUGAUGUUCAUUGCAGUUAAGCCACUGGGUUGUUAUGCCUUAUCAGCAGUGUUUCCCAGUCUCCUGGUGUACAAGGAGACCACUCCCUAUAGGAGAUGGGUCAUGGUCUGGUUAUCUCAAUUUUAACUCUGUAGAUCUGGUUCUGAGUGGUGCUUUGGUCAGUCAACAAUGUAUCAAAAUUCUAAAUUGUUUUACAAUUAUUUUUGUUUCCUUAUGUUAUUUGUUUGUUAUUCUUGUCAUUAUAGAAAAUCACAUUUAAAAUGUGAUUAGCCAAUCUUAGAUUGUUUUCCAAAACAACAUGUCAGUGUUAGAGGGCUCCUUUUCUGACAAAGCAAAGAGGGGAGGGGGGAGGGUGUGGUUGAGUAAAAUGUUAUUGUGAGAAAGGGAAAAAGCACAUCUGCCAGAACAUUCAGAUAAGUAUUUUCAAAAUGUAAAUAGAUAAAAAAA